UUACACAUCUACGACCGAGCGCCACAGCUUCAAACGUAAAUCGUUGUCCUUUUGUCGUGAACCAGUGACAUCUAAACAAACAUUACAAGCAACUGCGUAGGGUUACAAUCGAUCCACGGGGAAAGUAAAGGGGGUCUGUUGUUAAUAGUUCCCUGGGUCAAUGGCCGCGUCUUCCUCGUCGUCCUCGGCCGGAGGAGUGAGCGGCAGCUCGGUGACGGGGUCAGGCUUCAGCGCCUCGGAGCUCAUCCCCCCCAGGAAGGUCCUGUACACCUAUCCCAAGGGUGCAGGGGAAAUGAUGGAAGACGGCUCCGACAGAUUUUUAUGCGAGUCCGUGUUCAGCUACCAAGUUGCCUCCACGCUGAAACAGGUUAAACACGAUCAGCAAGUGUCUAGAAUGGAGAAACUGGCCAGCCUGGUGGAGGAGCUGGAAGCAGAUGAGUGGCGGUACAAACCAAUAGAACAGCUACUGGGAUUCACGCCGUCUUAAAUGAAGCGUUCAGUUGCCUUUGGUUAAUGAAUCAGCCAAAUCUAAUGAAAAACAAAGGGAGAUAUUUCAGUUCAAUUUAUAAAUGAUGUAAUUCUUUGUAGAUUUAUACUGUAACAUAAGUGUGAAAAGUUUCUGUUUUGGAGAUACUGAAAGUGACAAGUAUUUUUAAACCACUGUUGUGGGCUUUUUCCUUCUUUUUUUUUUUAUUUGAAAAGAAAACAACUUGUUAUAUCAGAACAAGCAAACUUAAACUCCAACUGAAAUCUUAUAAGUAAUAACUACACAAAUCUACAUUUUGUUAAUUUUUUGCAGAUUGCUCAUCUGCUUUAUGAUAUUAGUCCAAUCUGUAAGUAGCUUUUAAGGGAAGGAAUAUGCUGUGAAAUAAAUCCCUUUAAGUCGAGCGCUGUCUUUCCACAUGGCUGCUCUGUAAUUCAUAAAUCUGAAAACUUGUCAAGUACAGUAUGUUCUCCUUUCUCCACUGGUCUCAAUCUCUGCUUGUUCAAACAGAUCUCCAAGUAAAACAAUAAUAGCCUGUAAAUAAAGUCGGACUCGGACGUUCUUGGCAUCCGUUGUUGUUUGUUUUACUUGGUGUGUGUUUCUUUUUUUUUUUUUUCUUUCCUAAUCCUCUUCACCAAACUCACUUCUAAAUCCUUUUGGUUUUACUUCUGCGUUGUGUUUUUACUUAUGUGGUCUCUGUUACUUGACAUUCAUGAAUGCAGCAGUUUCCAUGACACUUCUGACUACAUUUAUAGCCAGGAAUCAUAUGGGUCACAGUGUUUUUCGCAGUAAACGGUUGUUUUUGAACAAGUGAAGGUUGGGCUCUCACAGAAUGUACUGUUCAGUAUGUGAAUGUCUGAGGACAGCCCUGGACAUAACAGGGCACGCCUCCAGCAGGAGAUCACGUUUCCAUUUCCAGAAGUUUUACUUAAAACACACUUUUAACAAAUCAAUUUUAGAAGUUUUAGCUUGAAGCAUUUGUGUUUAUACAUUCUACAGUCUGUCACUAUUAGAAAUUUGAAACGUGAUCGUGGAAACAUUCGUUUAACUGCUGAUUCAAAACAUCCUCCUCAGAACAUACUGUGGUUGCACGUGUUUAUGACUUUCAGUUCCUCCCAGGAACGUACAGUACAGAACGCUCUAUUCUGCGCGGCGCCUACUCACUUGUUGAACUGAAACGUAUACCUGGCUGCGUUCCAGCAUUGUCUCGUUAGGCAAACUGUGCUAUGUACUCCCGAGCCAGGAGAAAUCCUGCAGCAUAUUUUUUCUUUCCAUCUUUUGCUGAUGUUCAGAAACGUGCUCCAAGAAAUGCAUUACUAUAGAAAAUAAACUUUAUUUUAAAA